AUGUUGGGUUACUCCUGCGGCACCGGCAGCAUCUACGGAAGGUUGAGGGCCUGCACAGAACGCCGCAAGGAAAGGCAGCAGCAGAAGAAGUACCUUAAAGGCAAGGAGGGCCGCGAGUCCGGGGAUGAAGACAAGGAGGACCGCGAGUCCGGGGAUGAAGUGAAUAAGGACCGGGAGUCCGGGGAUGAAGUGAAUAAGGACCGGGAGUCCGGGGAUGAAGUGAAUAAGGACCGGGAGUCCGGGGAUGAAGUGAAUAAGGACCGGGAGUCCGGGGAUGAAGACAAGGAGGACCGGGAGUCCGGGGAUGAAGACAAGGAGGACCGGGAGUCCGGGGAUGAAGACAAGGAGGACCGGGAGUCCGGGGAUGAAGUGAAUAAGGACCGGGAGUCCGGGGAUGAAGAAAAGGAGGGUCGGGAGUCCGAGGAUGAAGUGAAUAAGGACCGGGAGUCCGGGGAUGAAGUGAAUAAGGACCGGGAGUCCGGGGAUGAAGAUAAGGAGGACCGGGAGUCCGGGGAUGAAGUGAAUAAGGACCGGGAGUCCGGGGAUGAAGUGAAUAAGGACCGGGAGUCCGAGGAUGAAGUGAAUGAGGACCGGGAGUCCAAGGAUGAAGUGAAUAAGGACCGGGAGUCCGAGGAUGAAGACAAGGAGGACCGGGAGUCCGAGGAUGAAGUGAAUAAGGACCGGGAGUCCGGGGAUGAAGAAAAGGAGGGCCGGGAGUCCGAGGAUGAAAUGAAUAAGGACCGGGAGUCCGGGGAUGAAGUGAAUAAGGACCGGGAGUCCGGGGAUGAAGUGAAUAAGGACCGGGAGUCCGGGGAUGAAGACAAGGAGGACCGGGAGUCCGGGGAUGAAGUGAAUAAGGACCGGGAGUCCGGGGAUGAAGACAAGGAGGACCGGGAGUCCGGGGAUGAAGUGAAUAAGGACCGGGAGUCCGAGGAUGAAGUGAAUAAGGACCGGGAGUCCGGGGAUGAAGACAAGGAGGACCGGGAGUCCGGGGAUGAAGACAAGGAGGACCGGGAGUCCGGGGAUGAAGACAAGGAGGACCGGGAGUCCGGGGAUGAAGACAAGGAGGACCGGGAGUCCGGGGAUGAAGACAAGGAGGACCGGGAGUCCGAGGAUGAAGUGAAUAAGGACCGGGAGUCCGGGGAUGAAGUGAAUAAGGACCGGGAGUCCGGGGAUGAAGAUAAGGAGGACCGGGAGUCCGGGGAUGAAGUGAAUAAGGACCGGGAGUCCGGGGAUGAAGUGAAUAAGGACCGGGAGUCCGAGGAUGAAGUGAAUAAGGACCGGGAGUCCGAGGAUGAAGUGAAUAAGGACCGGGAGUCCGAGGAUGAAGACAAGGAGGACCGGGAGUCCGAGGAUGAAGUGAAUAAGGACCGGGAGUCCGGGGAUGAAGAAAAGGAGGGCCGGGAGUCCGAGGAUGAAGUGAAUAAGGACCGGGAGUCCGGGGAUGAAGUGAAUAAGGACCGGGAGUCCGGGGAUGAAGUGAAUAAGGACCGGGAGUCCGGGGAUGAAGUGAAUAAGGACCGGGAGUCCGAGGAUGAAGUGAAUAAGGACCGGGAGUCCGGGGAUGAAGACAAGGAGGACCGGGAGUCCGGGGAUGAAGACAAGGAGGACCGGGAGUCCGGGGAUGAAGUGAAUAAGGACCGGGAGUCCGGGGAUGAAGACAAGGAGGACCGGGAGUCCGGGGAUGAAGUGAAUAAGGACCGGGAGUCCGAGGAUGAAGUGAAUAAGGACCGGGAGUCCGAGGAUGAAGUGAAUAAGGACCGGGAGUCCGGGGAUGAAGUGAAUAAGGACCGGGAGUCCGGGGAUGAAGUGAAUAAGGACCGGGAGUCCGAGGAUGAAGUGAAUAAGGACCGGGAGUCCGGGGAUGAAGACAAGGAGGACCGGGAGUCCGGGGAUGAAGUGAAUAAGGACCGGGAGUCCGAGGAUGAAGUGAAUAAGGACCGGGAGUCCGAGGAUGAAGUGAAUAAGGACCGAGAGUCCGGGGAUGAAGACAAGGAGGACCGGGAGUCCGGGGAUGAUGACAAGGAGGACCGGGAGUCCGGGGAUGAUGACAAAGAGGACCGGGAGUCCGGGGAUGAAGUGAAUAAGGACCGGGAGUCCGGGGAUGAAGACAAGGAGGACCGGGAGUCCGGGGAUGAAGUGAAUAAGGACCGGGAGUCCGGGGACGAAGUGAAUAAGGACCGGGAGUCCGGGGAUGAAGUGAAUAAGGACCGGGAGUCCGGGGAUGAAGACAAGGAGGACCGGGAGUCCGGGGAUGAAGUGAAUAAGGACCGGGAGUCCGGGGACGAAGUGAAUAAGGACCGGGAGUCCGGGGAUGAAGUGAAUAAGGACCGGGAGUCCGGGGAUGAAGACAAGGAGGACCGGGAGUCCGGGGAUGAAGUGAAUAAGGACCGGGAGUCCGGGGAUGAAGUGAAUAAGAACCGGGAGUCCGGGGAUGAAGACAAGGAGGACCGGGAGUCCGAGGAUACUCCCAAGAAGGUCUGGCCAUUUCCUUCGUUGGAGAGUAUAUACAAAAAAUUAGGCAAGGAAUGGAAGGGAGACAGUGCGGUAGGUAAGGGCGAAGGGUAUGAUGGCCCCUGCAGGUUCCGCCGGCCCUUCUCUGCCAGCGGAACCGGCAGAGAAGGACUUGGGUAUGUGCCCAAGGAGGACAGUGGGUAUAAUUGA